CACACACACACCUUUCCCGGUCAGGAAGGAGGAAGACACACCGCAGCAGAGUCAGUGUGAAGCCCGGCUGCUCCUCUCCUCUCUGCCCGCUGUGUGAAGCUGCUGCCUGGGAUACUUUCUGCCUCACAGCCGGGGGAUGAGUUUUAUCACCAACUGGAGACGCAGCGCCAAGAAAAAAGACAGCAAAAAGGAUGACGUUCAGGCUCAGGACAUCCCAGACGGCCCGGACUCCCCGAGCCGUUUGUCGGUCGUAAACGGUCCAGAAUUGGAUCCCAUCAUCACAGACUUCAGGUUACAGCUGCCGGACAAUAAAGAUGACCUGCAGUCAACAAAUGCAUCAAAUGGGUGCUCGCGGUCAGACCUGUCUCUGGCUCUGGAGGACUGCAUGGCCGCUCUGGAUCUGUUCCUCAGAAACGACUUUGAGGAGGCGCAGACCCGGCUCAAAUGCAGAACCAAAGACAGCAUGUACCACGCUCUGACCUACGCCACCAUCCUGGAGAUGCAGGCCAUGAUGACCUUUGACCCCCAACACAUCCAGGCUGCAGGGAACACCAUGAAGGACGCGCAGGCCAUCUGUCAGCGGAACCGCAAGAAGUCCAGCUUCUCCAAAAACUUCACAGAAGAGGAACUUCAUGCUGAGGUCUGCUAUGCUGAGUGCCUCCUGCAGAGGGCAGCGCUAACCUUCCUACAGGAUGAAAACAUGAUCAGUUUCAUCAAAGGGGGGAUCAAAGUGAGGAACAGCUACCAGACAUACAAAGAGCUUCACACAAUCCUCCAGUCCUCUGGAUACUCCCACGGGGAAAACCACGGGCACUUUGAGGGUGGUGUGAAACUGGGAGUAGGAGCCUUUAACCUGAUGAUCUCCAUGUUGCCCACGAGGACGCUGAAGCUGCUGGAGUUUGUCGGUUUCUCUGGUAAUAAGGAGUUUGGUCUGCAGCAGCUUCAGGAGGGCUCGGCUGACAGCACGUUCAGGUCCUUCCUCUGCAACAUGCUGCUGCUCUGUUACCACACCUUCAUGAGCUUCAUACUGGGCACUGGAGAAGGAGACGUUGAGGAUGCAGAGAAACUCCUGCAGCCGUACCUCGAGAAAUAUCCUAAGGGAUCCAUCUUCUUGUUCUUCGCUGGUCGAAUAGAGGAGAUCAAAGGCAACUUGGAUGCUGCUAUCGAGCGUUUCGAGGAGUGCUGUGAGGCGCAGCAGCAGUGGAAGCAGUUCCACCACAUGUGUUACUGGGAGCUGAUGUGGUGCUUCACCUACAAGAGGCACUGGAAGAUGGCCUACUUCUACGCUGACCUGCUCAGCAAGGAGAACACCUGGUCCAAGGCGACCUAUGCGUAUAUGAAAGCAGCCUACCUCAGCAUGCUGACUCCGGACGAUUGCCUCACCUUCGGGGAGACUGCGCUCACUCUGUUCAGGCAGGUCCCGGGGCUGAAGCAGAAGAUAGCGGGGAAAUCUUUACCAACAGAGAAGUUUGCAAUCAGGAAAGCCCGUCGCUACCUUUCAGAAAACCCCAUCCCUCUUCCUGCUCCUCCUCUGGAGAUGAUGUACAUCUGGAACGGCUACACAGUCAUUGGCAAACACAAGGACCUGACUGAAGGCAUGCUGAAGACACUGCAGGAGGCGCAGGCUAAACUCGUCAGCAGCCCAAGGUCAGAGUUCACCAUAGAUGAUCAGUGUCUGCUGAGCCUGCUGAAGGGGCUGUGUCUCAAACACCUGGGGCGUCAAGAGGAGGCCGAACACUACUUUACCCUCGUCCUCUGCAAUGAGUCUCAGAUCAAGUACGACCACUACCUGAUUCCUAACGCUCUCCUGGAGCACGGCCUGCUGUGUCUGGAGCAAGGCAGGAAAUCUGAAGCCAUCAGACUGCUAGAAACCGCAAAGCAAAACUACAAGAACUACUCGAUGGAGUCGCGGACUCACUUCAGGAUUCAGGCAGCUCUGCACAAGGCUAAAGGCGUGGUGGAGAACGGCAUCCAUUCUCCGACCAGCCCUUAACGGACAUAGGAAGGCCCACCAGAGCAGAGACAGCCUUCUGUUUCCCGCUCUCCCACAAUGCAACACUCAGGGGGCUUGUGUUCCUGAUGGGUGCUGCCCUUUCGGGUGGUUGCGGCUCUGUGUGUGGCCCAGUGUGGCUAAGGCAGGUUUUGCUUCGUCCUCUUCUAGAGGUAUAUUAUGAUGAAAUCGGCUUCCUAGAGCGAUUUGAAAUAGAGACAAACGUGCCUAUAUUUAUGAAACAUUGCUUCUAGCAGGCUUGUUCGUCUAGCACGGUGGCUCCACCCAUAAGGGGCGCACGAGGGUAGGAGACCAGGUGUGAAGCUCCACUAUUAUCCCCAGAAUAACCACUUACCCAGUUUAGGGUGCAGGGUUGGAUCUAAUGGAUUACCAAACACCCCCCAUAUGUAGAUUACUCAUGCAGACUCCGCCUCGCCAGGAGAAAAUAUAGACCUGGUUGCUAUAAAAGCCCUCCCACCACUUUUAAUCCUGUAAAAUGGAGAUUGUUGAUCAAAAUGACACAGAAUUAUGUGUUGACAUCAUGCACAUAUGUCAUGCAGCUCACCACUGUUUUGUACCACGGUAUUUGCCACCUUUAUUUUGAUAUUUUAACAAAACCAAUACGACCGAUUUAGAGAUUACACAUUAUUUAUACGUUGGUUUCACUUUUACACUACAUAAGCUUUUGUGUUUUCUAAGAGUGAGGGAACAUUUGUAUUGUUUAUUUUACAUUCUUUUGCUUUACUUGAAACCUAUUGAAACACUGCAUUUCUUUUCCAAUUUCAUUCAGUGUCCUUCUGUAUUAACACUUGGGCUUUUGCACAGAGCUUUGUAAAUCAGCCAAACUCUCCAGAGUCAAAGGAUCAUAAAUGCAAAGAGUUGUUCUUUACAUUUCUAUAUUGUAAAUGGCACCUUUUUACACAAAUUGUCCCGUUUUAAGAGGACAGAUGAAUGUGUCUUUUAGAAAGGCAGACUCCCUUCUUUUCUCCUCCUGGCGUUUGGGACGGGCUCCAGCAGUACUUGAGCUCGAACAAACGGGCCAUUCACCCGCGAGCAGCAAAAGGACUGCGUGCUCGUCCGCCUGUUGCAUCUUUAGUGAGUGAACAAGCUCUGAACGGGAACCAGCACAGUCUUCCUGCUUUGUGAACGUCCUCCGCUGCUCCUCUAUCAGCCAUGCUCGACAACAACCAUCUAUACAAGAACGUGAACAUAAUAACAACGCUCCUGUGUCAACAAAUAAUCUGUAUAUGAAAAAACAACGUUUGUAAGGAUUGAUGAUAAGACAGAAAAGGGUCACCUCUAAUCAUGUUAGUGGGGAGGUUACGCUAAGUGUCCAAAACCUAGAAACUAAGAUGGUGUCUCAAAUGUUGGAAUUAGAGAACUGUUGCUUUAUUCAUGAUUAGAGUAACGUUUGGGAUUCAAGACAAUGACUAGGAGUCAGUUUCAAUUUAUUUUAUGGGUGAAGGAAAUCUACUUUUACAUUUCUUUUAACGUAUUUCAAAAUGAUGUUUCAUUGUCUGAUAAUUAAUUUAGCGUAUUUUACUUUUUUCUCCCCUUUCGGUUUUGCAGAAAUAGCUGAAAGAAACUCUUUCACAUUUAGUGGCAUUGUGAUGUUUACAAUCAGCGUAUUUUAUCAGGCACGGCUACUACUGUGCAGAAUGACAUUCCUGUACAUACUGAAUGUUUCUAUUGUAAUUUAAGAUGAAAUGAUAAGCAACUAAAAAACAAACCACCCCA